AUGCAGCAGCAGCAUCAAGUGGUUGGACAGCAGCGUCAGCCUCCAGCACAGGCCUGUCAGUUUCAGGUGUCAACUCCUAUCGACACACAGCAGCAGCAAUCCACAAAUCUAGCUCCUCCUAUGUCAGCAAAUAUACAAUAUCUACAGAUAUUGGCGACGCAGCAGCAGCAUCAAUCAGAUGGCCAGCAGCACCAGCCCACAGCACAGGCCACUCAGCAACAGGCGUCAACCACUGCUGACAGUCAGCAGCAGCAAUCUCAGACUCCACUAUUGGCGGAGCUGAAUCAGCAUCAACUGGCUGGCAAGCAGCAUCAGCCCGCAGCACAGGUCUCUCAGCCACGGGCCUCAUCUUCUGGUGUCACUCAGCAGCAGCAAUUUGCAAUUCCAGCUCCACCAAUGUCAGCAAAUAUUCAAUAUUCUCAGCGAAUAAAGGCACAGCAGCAGCAUCCCACAGCACAGGCCUCUCAGCUACGGGCUUUAUCUUUUGCUGACACUCAGCAACAGCAACCUGCAACUCAUGCGCCAUCAAUUGGCGGAAAUAGUCUAUCUCUACAGAUAUUGGCGGAGCUGAAUCAGCACCAACUGACUGGCCAGCAGCAUUAG